AAAUGACAUGCACGCAACUUACGAAAUUGAAUUUAUUACAUCACUAUUUUCAAGUGCGAUCUCUCUGCUCUGGGCAUACGCGAACAUGUGUGAAUUGAGUCGCUUAUGAGAUGUUAGAAAAUUGCUUGUUUUGAAGCUUUUCAUGUUUUUAAGUGUUUCACCAAGAUGUCAUACUGCAAAUUUAGAGCCUUUCGGCUACAUGAUAUCUCUAACAGACUGCGAUCAUGUGCAUGGAGGAAUUCUUUUGUCGCUGUUCAUCCGACGAGACCAAUAACCCAUCGGACAGCUCUUGUAGGCCACGCCAGCGGAGCAGGCGGCAAUGCGUGGACUAAUCCACUCUCUCCGGGAAGAACGAAACCCAGCAGUAACCUUAUGAAAUCUGAUGUUUCAAGACGUUUAACUAGGACAGAUUUCUGCAAUAGACACAUAGCAAGUCUCAGUGUACUUGAUGCACGUAUAGAACAACAAGAACAUUUUGUGUCUCCAUCCAGUAAAGCUUUUUCAAGAUCGAUUUGGAAAUGGAAUGGCGAUAGAGGGAACGGUGGACUCGGAGGAAGAUCGGGGAAUGGAGACGGAGAGGCAUCCAGUGGAGAUGGAUCUGGAGGAGAGGAUGGAAGCCCUUCAAGUGGAGAUGGAGCAGGGGAUGGAGGGGACUAUCCACCUCCUUCCAUGGUCUCCCUUAGUCCCAUGACGAUCCCCGAAGACUUUUCUCCAGUGCCGCUGAUUGCCGUCCCAAGAAAUCCAGUCUUUCCUAAAUUUAUCAAAAUAAUUGAGGUUACAAACAAACCUCUAAUGGAAAUCUUGAGGAGAAAGCUGAGAUUAGCUCAACCCUAUGCAGGAGUUUUUCUGAGGAAAGAUGACAAAGAUGAGACGGAGAUCAUACCUGACCUGGACGCUGUCUAUAGCGUUGGAACGUUUGUGCAGAUCCAUGAGAUGCAGGACCUUGGUGACCGUCUUCGUCUGGUGCUCAUGGGUCAUCGCAGGAUAAGGAUAUCAGGUCUUGCAGAGGAUGUACAAGAGGCUGCCGCGGAAGCUGUUCCAGAAACUGCCCCAGGAGCCGACCCAGAAGCAGUCCCGGAAACUGCCUCAGAAGCUGUCCCAGAAGCUGACCCAGAAACUGCUCCUGAAGCUGACCCGGAAGCACUCUCUGGAGUAGAUGGUGAGACUCAGGAAGACAAGGCCCCAUCGUUGGAUGAGAAUGAGAAUGUUUCCACCGAGCCCGAGGAGGAACAAGAAUCACAGUCAUACCCUGAUCAAGUACUGAUGGUGGAGGUGGAGAAUGUGAAACAUCAGACAUUCAAGACGACAGAGGAAGUCAAGGCCCUGACAGCGGAGGUAGUAAAAACAAUAAGAGACAUCAUUGCUUUGAACCCGCUCUACAGGGAGUCUGUAGCCCAGAUGAUCCAAGCUGGCCACAGAGUAAUAGAUAAUCCGGUGUAUCUGAGUGACCUAGGAGCUGCGCUGACUGGAGCUGACCCGGAGGAACUACAAGAAGUUCUGGAGGAAACUGAUAUACCAAAACGUCUUUACCUUGCUCUCAAUCUCCUGAAGAAGGAAUAUGAACUCAGCAAGCUGCAGCAAAGACUUGGCAGGGAGGUUGAGGACAAGGUGAAAUCGGCCCAUCGGAAGUACAUGCUACAAGAACAACUGAAGAUCAUCAAGAAAGAGCUCGGUCUGGAGAAAGAUGACAAGGAUGCCAUCGAGGAGAAAUUCAGGGAAAGGUUAAAGGACAAGACGGUUCCAAAAGUAGUCAUGGAUGUGAUUGAGGAGGAAAUGAAUAAGCUCUCUUUCUUGGACAACCAUUCUUCAGAAUUCAGUGUUACAAGGAAUUACUUGGAUUGGUUGACCACGUUGCCAUGGGGAAUGUACAGUGAGGAGAAUGUGGAUCUGAAGAGAGCAAGGGAAGUUCUAGAGGAGGAUCAUUAUGGGAUGGAUGAUGUUAAGAACAGGAUACUGGAAUUUGUAGCUGUAAGUCAACUGAAGAAGUCCACGCAAGGAAAGAUCCUGUGUUUCUAUGGACCUCCAGGUGUUGGCAAGACCAGUAUAGCCAAGUCCAUAGCAAGUGCACUGAACAGAGAGUAUUUCAGAUUUAGUGUUGGAGGAAUGACAGAUGUUGCUGAAAUCAAAGGACAUAGGCGGACGUAUGUAGGAGCCAUGCCUGGAAAGGUCAUCCAGUGUCUGAAGAAGGUCAAAACUGAAAACCCACUUAUUCUCAUUGACGAGGUUGACAAGAUAGGACGUGGUUUCCAAGGCGACCCAUCAUCAGCUCUCCUGGAGCUUCUAGACCCAGAGCAGAAUGCAAACUUCCUGGAUCAUUACCUUGAUGUUCCUGUUGACAUGUCCAAGGUGCUGUUCAUUUGCACUGCGAACAUCACAGACACCAUACCAGAACCACUACGCGACAGGAUGGAGAUGAUUGAUGUGUCUGGAUAUGUCGCUCAAGAGAAGGUCGCAAUUGCUGAGAGAUACCUUGUUCCUAUGGCAAGAGACCACAGUGGUAUAGCGGACCAGGUUACCAUAGAUACCGAUGCUAUGAAUCAGCUCAUCAAGGCUUACUGCAGGGAGAGUGGAGUCAGAAACCUACAGAAACAUAUUGAAAAGAUCUAUCGCAAGGCUGCCUACAAGAUGGUUCACGAUUCUGCCGACUCUAUCCAUGUAACCAUGGAGAACCUUCAUGAGUUUGUCGGCAAGCCUCUAUUCACCAGUGAUAGGAUGUAUGAGAAGACACCAGUAGGAGUCGUCAUGGGUCUCGCCUGGACCUCAAUGGGUGGCUCUACCCUCUACAUUGAGACCUGUCUCUCUAGGAGCCUUACUCCUGAAUCGAAAGAGGGCGGUGGAGCAAUGCAGCUCACUGGUAACCUUGGCAACGUGAUGAAGGAGAGUGCCGAGAUCGCCUACACAUUCGCCAAGUCAUUCCUUCUGGAUCACCCGCCAGAGGAGGGUGGUACAUCGCUGCAGUCUUCUCAAGUACAUCUCCAUGUUCCAGAGGGUGCCACCCCAAAGGAUGGUCCCAGUGCAGGCUGCACCAUUGUAUCAGCUCUCCUCUCAUUGGCUAUGGGUCGACCAAUCAGGCAGAACAUGGCUAUGACCGGGGAGGUGUCUCUCACAGGGAAAGUCUUACCCGUCGGUGGCAUCAAGGAAAAGACCAUAGCUGCCAAGCGAGCUGGGGUGGAUUGCAUCAUCUUGCCGGCUGAAAACAGGAAGGACUUCUCAGAUUUACCAAGCUUCAUCACCGAAGGCCUUGAGGUUCAUUUUGUAGAGCAUUACCGUGAUGUCUUCAGCAUUGUCUUUCCAUGAGACACAGCUCUAGAAACACCUCCAGACAAAACAGAACGAUACACUAAAGCAACCAGUGCAUCUACAUAUAUUCUUCCCUACUCCUAUUAUAUAUAUUAGUAUAUAUUCCGCUUUUUUUUAUAUAGCGACCAAUACAUCAACGAUGUGUCUAAGCCCUUUACAGAUAUCUUAUUAUCCCGGUUAUCGGAUUCAGGCUUACCCGCACACAAUGUAUACACAUUCUCCACUCCCUGGGGAGCAUUCUGGCCAGUCGCCAUUAUAGCAAAUGAAACAAGAAUAUCUUCAUCACCGGGGGCCUUGAGGUUCAUUUUGUGGAGCAUUACUGUGAUGUCUCCAGCGUUGUCUUCCAAUGAGAAACAGCGCUAAAAACACCUGUAACUUGUUAUUGAUAACAAGUGUUAUGAAAUGGCCCAGGUUUUGUCAAAUAAGAACAUGAGAUGAUACGAUUCAGAUACACAAUUUCGAGGUCAUAAUAUAUUCCAUUGACUUAAAAUUAUACAAUAUACGAGACAGCUGUAGAAAAGAAUUAAUAUAUGCAGGUUUUUGGUUGAAAGCCUUUGUUAAAUUAUGACCAUUUAUGUGAGAUUUGUGUUUUUUCCAUUGAUGGACUUAAGGUUUAAGGCAAUAUUGGUCCAAUAUGUCUCCCAUUACUGGAUAUGCUAAUAAAGAAUGAUUCAUUAUUGGCAUUUAGAAUUUUAGAUAAUAUCUCUUUAUAUUUAGUAUCUUAUUUUGAUUGAUUGGACAUACUGCUUGCGAUCAUUAUUAUGCUUAAAAUCAUAUUGUAUUUAAUUUGCUUGCCUCGAAAAUUACAUUAUUAUCAUUCAGUAUUUUGAGAAAGAAGUAUGAUAUGGUGUAAUGCUAGUUAUGGGGUUUAUAUCGUCUCUACUACAAUAUGUUGUAAAUUUUAAUACAUUGAUUGAUGCGACUUUCUUUUAUAUUUCUUAUACUCAUUUUUGUUUCUCAAGACUCUACACAAAUGGUACAUAUUAGUCUCUCUCUCUCUCUCUCUCGCGCUGCUACAGAGUGUAGUGCAUAUCAGUAAACCAUGAGCUUCAAAACAUGAAUUAAUUGUUUAUCAAAAUGGGUUAGCUAUGUGAAUAUAACAAACUGAGAAAUGACUGCAUCAGUGGAUAUGCACCGCCUGCAGGCUAAGUCAAAAUCAGAUGAUGAAUGAGAGUUGUGAAGUUCAUUACCCAGCUUAUUGUGACCUAACUGAGUGCAGUGCAUAUCACUAAUGCACGAGCUUCAAAGCAAUUAAUCAUUUGUUUUAUAAAACAGGUUUGCAAUAUGAAUCUAAGGUUGAGCAAUGAGAUAAAAACCAGAUCAGAAUGGCAAAAGUUGCAUGGUCAUGGUGUCUGCCAAGAGCAAAUGAAUUACUGGUAAAUAAUUAAUAUGUAGUCUGGGAAGACACCCACAUAGAUGGCGCUCAUCAGUAUGCGAUUAAUGCGCAUUCUUCAUUCAUGCCAAAUAACGAGGCUCGCACUGCUUUGGUUUUAUUGAUUUAUAGCAGGCACCUUGUCACUCUAGUGCUGAGCAUGUCUUCCCUGUGACGUAAAAUUUCAGAAAAUUGUGGAUUACAUUUUUUGAUAUCUUGAUAAAAUUGACACAACAUUGGUUGUUUUGUCAUAGGUAGAUUGUGGAAUAGGUAAUUUGUGUACAAUGAAGGGAGCUGAGACAGUUUGAUGAAUAAUUAUUUGAAUGAAAACUUUUGAUAUGUAGUCUCUUUAAUACAUGAUAAAAAUGUCAAGAGAAAUAUAUACUUGGCUAUUCAUCUGUGAUUUGUGGUA